UACAGUACUAUUAUUUGCAUCUAAUGUGUACACUGAAAAAACUGUCUUUGUAGCUGUUUUCCUAGAUAAAAGGGAACUCAAGAAAGAAGAAACCAGAACCAAACAAACAACAUUAUUGGAUAUCCAUUCUUCUACAACUUUCAUCUUGCUUUGUCUGAUUUUGGUUCUGCUAUUGUUCCUUCUUGCAAAGUUCUCAACUUUUUCAAGAGCUUCAUACAAUUCUCUGCAAUAUCUAUAGUAAGAUUUUGUACUAUAUAUUGAUUAGAGUAGAAGCACAAGAUAGUGCAGAGAGAGUUGAUGGGUCAUUUUUCAUCCAUGUUCAAUGGAUUGGCACAGUCAUUGAAAAUGAAAAAAGGAAGGAGUAAAUGUAGUGGGAGAGAAGCUGCUGAAGCAUUGGCAAAAGAAGCAAAAAGAAAUCACUCCCUUAUCAAUAGCUCUGGCACCAUUAAUGUUGAUGGUUCAAACAACUUUGCCUCGGUUUUCUCCAAAAGAGGCAAGAAAGGAGUUAACCAAGAUUGUUGCAUAGUGUGGGAAGAAUUUGGAUGCCAAGAGGACAUGAUCUUCUGUGGGAUUUUUGAUGGACAUGGACCUUGGGGUCACUAUGUGUCAAGAACAGUAAGAGAGUCAAUGCCAUCAGCUUUGCUAUGCAACUGGCAGGAGACACUUUCUCAAACUUCAAUUGAUCCAGAAAUUGAUUUAAAGACAGGCAAAAAACAUCAACAGUUUAAUAUAUGGAAGCAUUCUUACCUGAAGACAUGUGCUUCAAUCGAUCAAGAACUAGAGCAGAAUCACAAGAUUGAUUCGUUUUUCAGUGGAACGACGGCAGUGUCAAUUGUUAGACAGGGUGAACUCAUUGUGAUUGCAAAUGUUGGUGAUUCUCGUGCUGUUUUAGCUACAACAUCAGAUGAUGGAAAUUUGGUUCCAGUUCAGCUAACAAUAGAUUUCAAGCCCAAUUUACCUCAGGAAGCAGAGAGAAUACUUGACUGCCAAGGGCGAGUCUUCUGCCUAGACGACGAGCCUGGGGUGCACCGUGUGUGGUUGCCGAAUGAGGAGUCUCCGGGACUAGCCAUGUCAAGGGCUUUUGGUGACUAUUCUAUGAAAGAUUAUGGUCUUAUUUCAGUGCCUGAAGUAACACAAAGGAAUAUAACAAGCAAAGACCAGUUUGUUGUGCUAGCCAGUGAUGGGGUUUGGGAUGUGAUCUCUAAUCAAGAAGCAGUGGAUAUUGUGUCUUCAACAGAAGACAGAACAAGUUCAUCUAAACGUUUGGUGGAGUGUGCAAUGCAUGCAUGGAAAUGCAAGAGGCAAGGUAUUGCUAUGGAUGAUAUUUCAGCCAUAUGUCUAUUCUUUCAUUCCUAGCCUUUGCACUAAAAUAGUUUAAUCAUGUAAAAUUGGCUAGUCAAGUUCAAGCCAUUUGUUUGUUUUGUUUGAUCAAUGCAUGUAAUAUGGUCUCUUAAAAAAAUGUGAUGUAAAUUGGUCAAAUUAAGGUUGAUUCAUUAGAAGGUGAUGUGUCUUUGUCUAUGUUUUUUUGUUGACCUAAUCAAUCAUGGUUACUCGUGUUUUUUUAAUUGCUACUCA